AUGGUGGCGGCGCAAAGGCGAUUUGGACCAUCGGAGUUCGAAGAUCCGGCAGUAUGUCUUGCCAACCUUCAACAACAAACCACAGUUAGCGAGUUCCAGGCUAGUUUUGAAGUCAUAGCCAACACAGUACCAGGCCUUUCUUUUACACUAAAAAGAGCACUCUUUAUGGCCGGUCUAAAACCGAACAUUAGGAGACAAGUCCUAAUUCAACGACCUCAAGAUGUCCAUGCUGCUUUCUCACUGGCAAAAAUAUAUGAAGACCAGCACACAGACUCCAAUACCGGGUACAAAGCUCACGGACAGACGACACCACACCCACCAUUCACACAAAAUCCAUCAGUCAGUCAAUCAAACUCCACCAAAUAUCCAUCCACAACAUCCCCACUUCCUAUUAAGCGACUCUCACCAGAAGAAAUACAACGUAAACGAGAAAAAGGGCUUUGCUACAGUUGUGAUGAAAAAUAUGUGUUUGGCCAUAGAUGCAAAGGGAAAGCCACCUUGCUAUAUUUUGACGGCACAGAAGAUGAUCCACCUCCGUCCGAAAGUGAGGAACAAACAGAAUCUCCAAUUACAGAUAAUGUUUCUAAUUCAUUUUCUGAGAUAAGUUUGAACGCCUUAUUGGGCCACCAUUCGCCACGAUCUUUUCGUUUAACGGGAACGAUAUUUGGGACACAAGUUCAGGUUUUAAUCGACGGCGGAAGCACUCAUAAUUUUAUCACGCAUAAAAUGGCUACGUAUUUGGGACUGGUUUUGCAGACUUUAGAGACGUUUACUGUGCAGGUAGGCAAUGGUGAGGGACUUCAAUGUCAGGCAUAUUGCAAGGAAGUACCCCUAGUGAUGCAGUCUCACACAUUUUCAGUGGAUUUAUACUCUUUGGAGUUGAAAGGUGCAGAUAUUGUCCUAGGAGUUCAAUGGCUCAGUACCUUAGGACCCAUUCUUACUGAUUAUAGCCAAGUACUAAUGACCUUUGACCACCAAGGUAACAAUAUUCAACUUCACGGACACCGUCCUGACAACCCAAUACUUAUAUCUUCUGCAAAGUUGAAUAAACUUAUGGUCACAGAUGCAUACACUUCAUGCCUCAUGUGUUUCAACUGUCCUCACUCUUCAACACCUACUUCCCCUCAAACACAUGACACAGAACCCCACCAUACUGUACCUGACAUUCAAAACUUACUCUCCAACUACAAUGAUGUGUUUACCAUUCCCAAUACCUUACCACCACACCGACCACAUAACCACCACAUCAAUUUACUCCCUAACACACAGCCUGUCCAAGUUAGACCCUACCGUUACCCACAUUUCCAAAAGAGCGAAAUUGAAAAAUUAUGUCAAGAAAUGCUCUCAACAGGAAUCAUUCGCCCUAGCCAGUCCCCAUUCAGCUCUCUUGUCCUAUUGGUGAAAAACAAAGACGGUACUUGGCGAUUUUAUGUAGAUUACAGAGCCUUAAAUGCAAUCACGGUCAGAGAUCAAUUUCCUAUACCGACCGUAGACGAAUUGUUGGACGAACUCCACGGGGCCACAAUAUUCUCCAAACUUGAUCUACGAUCUGGUUACCACCAAAUUCGCAUGCACUCAGAAGAUAUUCAUAAGACAGCAUUCCUAACAAACCACGGCCACUUUGAAUUUAUGGUUCUACCAUUUGGGUUGUCAAAUACUCCCUCUACUUUUCAUGCAACAAUGAAUGAUGUGUUCGCACCACUCCUCCGACGUUUUGUAGUCAUAUUCUUUGAUGACAUCUUAGUUUUCAGCUCAACAUUACAAACACACGUCACACAUUUAUCUCAAGUCCUGGACAUAUUGAGGAAACAACAAUUGUAUGCGAAACUUUCAAAGUGCUCAUUUGCUACAUCAUCUAUUCAAUUCUUAGGACACAUUGUGUCUAGUGAUGGUGUCGUACCUGACCCGGAUAAAGUCAUAGCAGUUUCAGAAUGGCCUACUCCAACUACGGUCACUCAAAUUCGAGCAUUCCUAGGGCUUUCAGGAUACUAUCAGAAAUUUAUUAAAGGGUAUGCACAAACAGCUUUUCCAAUCAGUGAUCUCCUGACAAAAGGCAAAUUCCAUUGGACAGAAGAAGCUAACACGACAUUUAUGGAAUUAAAGACGUGCCUUACUGAAGCACCGAUUCUCACUCUUCCUGACUUUCAAAAACAAUUUAUAAUUGAGACAGAUUCAUCAGGUACGGGUAUAGGAGCUGUGUUGCUACAAGAUAGAAAAACACUAGCGUAUUUCAGUAAGAAACUCUUCCCACGCAUGCAAACUCAAUCAACUUAUAUCAGGGAGAUGUAUGCUAUUACGUCGGCAGUAGGCAAAUGGCGUCAAUACCUCUUAGGAUCCAGCUUUGUCAUACGAACGGACCAUGACUCAAGAGCAAAGGAAAGGGCUCAGAACGGGGAGCUCCAUGGGGAGAAGACAACAAUCAACGACAAAGACGGAAGGAGGAAUGAGGUAGUAAGCAACGAUUCUUUCCAAAUUCCACAGGGAAUUAAUGCCCCCAACAACUCAGCUGCAACAUGCAUCAAGGCAUCCACCCACUCAGCUGCACAAAGUCAGUCACGCACACUACUCAAGGAGUCACAUGGGGAAGACGUCUUUAGGGAUGAGGCUGAUCCUUUAGGAGCCAAUCAUUUUCCCAUCAAAGGAUUUCGGACCAACGCCAUAACGCCACCUCAACCUGAUCCAUCACAUACCCAGGCGGCAACGUCUACCGUUGAUCACGUUGCUGAUGGACGAAUCUGGACCGGCGGUUCCAAGCCCAUUGAGAGGCCCACGCCACAUGACUUUAAGCUUGAGGACAAGCUCUUUUCUGAUGGGCAAGAGAGUGUAGCGGACCCUGAUAAUGGGAGGCCCAAACGAAUGACAAAGCCACCAGCCCACCUCAAAGAUUGUUUAGUGCUUUAUUAG